GCGGGCGCCGGAGCCGAGCCGAGCCGAGCCGGAGCGGGCGGCGCAGGCCGGCGCGGCGAGUAGCAACCAUGUCGGUGUUCGGGAAGCUGUUCGGGACCGGAGGGGGUAAGGCCGGCAAGGGCGGCCCGACCCCCCAAGAGGCCAUCCAGCGGCUGCGGGACACGGAGGAGAUGCUCAGCAAGAAGCAGGAGUUCCUGGAGAAGAAGAUCGAGCAGGAGCUGACCGCAGCCAAGAAGCACGGCACCAAAAACAAGCGCGCUGCCCUCCAGGCACUCAAGCGCAAGAAGAGGUAUGAGAAGCAGCUGGCGCAGAUUGAUGGCACACUGUCAACCAUCGAGUUCCAGCGGGAGGCCCUGGAGAAUGCCAACACCAACACUGAGGUGCUCAAGAACAUGGGCUACGCUGCCAGGGCCAUGAAGGCUGCUCACGACAACAUGGACAUCGAUAAAGUCGAUGAGUUAAUGCAGGACAUUGCUGACCAGCAAGAACUUGCAGAGGAGAUCUCAACGGCUAUUUCAAAACCUGUAGGGUUUGGAGAAGAGUUUGAUGAGGACGAGCUCAUGGCGGAGUUAGAGGAACUGGAACAGGAGGAACUAGACAAGAAUUUGCUGGAAAUCAGUGGACCCGAAACAGUCCCUCUACCAAAUGUUCCUUCUAUAGCCCUACCGUCAAAACCAACCAAGAAGAAGGAAGAGGAAGACGACGACAUGAAGGAAUUGGAGAACUGGGCUGGAUCCAUGUAACUGGUCCAGCCCCGGGCUAGGCCCAGACAGACUCUGGUGGCCUGCAGCAGCGGGCAGGCGCAUGUGCGUGUGGGGCAGGCAGGACGUGGUGCAGACAGAUUGCCAUCGCUUUGAAUCUCACUCCAAAGCAGCAGGGCCACAUCACUGCUCACUCUGCAUAGCAUGGUCUGCACCCAGCGGGGCGGGCGGGGCGGGGGGGCGGGCGGCGGGGUGGGAGGUGCCUGCUGUUUAUAAUGUUGAAUUUCUGUAAAAUAAACUGUUAUUUGCAAAUCCAA